AUGGCCGUCGUGGUCGAGCCAACCAUCCCCUUCACCCCCUCCACCCUCGACCUCGAAAACCCAACAAGAUGGACCACCCUCUUCCCCCUCAUCCGCCCCACCGUCCAAUCCGUCCAAACCCCCAAAGGCCAUACCCUCCUCGUCGACACGUCCAAAUCCCAAGGCAAGCAAUACCUCCACAUCGUCGCGGCGGCGACUCUCGGCCACUUCUCCUCCCAACUCCUCGACGAGAGACACGUCACCGCGAUUGUCGUCGCGGAAACAACGGGUGCGGGGAUCCCAGUGACGGCGGGGGAUUUACCCCAGACGCUCCGGAGGGCUGGGGUGGAGAUGGGACCCGGGGUGGUUCUGGUCCGCGCCGGGAGAGCAGCCGAAAGCAAGGCCGUGGUGGUGCAGCAUACACCUGAUGUCCUCGAGGUGGUCUGUGAGGGUGCACUGGCGGCUGAUCACGCGCUGCAGUUAAUAGGGACUGCGAAGGGGGGUGUGAGGGCGAAUCCGCAUACCAUGGCGGAGAUGUUGAAGGGGUUCGUCAGGCGUGUGAAGAUUACGGAGGGUUGGUUUGGGACGGAAAAAGUGGAUGGGAGGGCUGCGGUAGCGAUGCAUUCUGACGAGGGGUCGGAAGGGUUUCGGGGGGCGAAGGAGGUGGUUCGGAAGGUGUUGGAGAGGGCGAUGCGGGAGGUGGACGUGGAUGGCGAGGGUAAGAGGGAGGAAGAAGAUGUGGUGUACAGUGUGCAUUUCAGCGAUGUGAAUGGUCUGAGUCGCUUGGAGAAUUAUAUUAUUGCCGGGGAGAUUGCGGAGGUUUUUGGUAAGUCUCCUACACAACACAUCACAUACAUCACAUCAUAUCACUUGAUCCAUCCAUCCAUCCAUCCAUCCAUCCAUCCAUCCCAUUCGAAGGACAAAUGAAACGAAAUGCUAACGAAAGAGUUUCUUCUAAUCCAGAUUCUCAAAACCUCCCAUACACCCUCUCCCACAGCACCAUCCACAACCACACCCAGCCCGCCCGCGGCUUCGCCAUCUCCCUCUGUCCCAUCCCGCAGCACUUCCUCGCCCCGUCGCCCAAACCCACCCCGCAUCACCCUUCUUCCACCACCACCACCAUCCACCCACCAUCUCCCUCCCACCCCCAAAUCGAACUCCCCCUCUCCGACGCCCACCUCCGGUCCCUCAUCACAACCGGCUGCCAAGCCCUCAUAACCGCCGAACCCACCAUCACGCACUACGACACCAUCGCAGGCGACGCCGACUGCGGCACCACGCUACGCUCCGGCGCCACCACCGUCCUUGCCUGCCUAUCCACCUACCCCUCCCACCUCCAAAAGACUCUCCCGCAUUUCCUCAAGGCCCUUGUACAAGAAUUGGAAAUUUCCAUGGGCGGUACGUCGGGGGCGCUGUAUUGCAUCUUCCUCACCGCGCUCGCAAACUCCCUUGGAAAUGCAACUUGGUCGAAUUCCAGUGAGGGUUUUGCCGCCGCUGCUUUGAAGACUGCGUUGGAGGAGCUGUAUAAAUACACCCCCGCGCGCGAGGGGGAUCGCACGAUGAUGGAUGCUUUGAUCCCCUUUAUCCACUCUUUCCCGGAAGAAGGGGGGGAAGGGGCGCUGAGGAAGGCUUGGGAGGGUGUUGGGAGGACGGAGGGGUUGAGUGCGACUUUGGGUAGGAGUAGUUAUUUGAGUGAGAGGGUUACGAGGGGGGUGCCGGAUCCCGGGGCUUAUGGGUUGGGGGUGCUGCUGGGGGGGUUGGUUGGGGGGAAAGGAGGGGGAGAGGGGGAAGGGGAGGUGAGAAGUAGGUAG